AUGAGAAAAGCAACUAAACAUAAAUUAGUAGAGGAAGAGGAAGAAGAACAACAAGAUGGUAAUGGUGGUGACAAAGAUAUAGAUAAAGAAAAGGAUGAUAAUCCAAUAAAGAGAAAAAAGGUUACAAUUAAUACUGAAAUCACUAUCAAUUCAAAUGGUAGUAGUAAGAGUAGUAGUACUACGACUAUGAUGGAUCAAGAGAAAGAAAAAGAGAAAGAGAAACAAUCUACUACUACUACUACUACUACACCUACUAUUGGUGAAUUGACAAAGACACCUCAGAAACCUACAUUUAGUUUUACAAAGUAUACUCCUUCAAAAUCAAAUAUCUUGGUUAAUACAACUUCACCAAUAUCAUCUACGGCUACGACGACAACAACGAAUAAUAAUAAUGGUGUUGGAGAUACUUUAAAGUUUAAUAUUGGUAAAAUACCUCAAACACCUCAUAGUGUAAAGAAGAUUAGAUUGCUAAAGACAUCAUUGGAAUCAAUUACUCAAGAUGCAACACAACAACAAGAAGAUGCAAAAUCUGGGAAAAAGAAACCACUGCUGUCAACAUCUUCACCUGCAAUGUCUAAUCCAUUUGCAAAUGACAAUAAUCAUAGAGGUGCUAAAAAGUCAGCCUCCUCCUCUUCUUCCUCUGGCAAGAGUAACAAGUUAUUAUCAAUGUUUUUGGAAUCAUCAUCUGAUAAUAGUAAAAUGCAAGUUGAUUCACCCACUUCAUCAACAUCAUCAUCGAAUCAAGUAAAUGAUGAUGGUCAAGAUGAAGAAACAAAGAAAAAAGAAGAAUUGGAAAAGAAACAAAAGGAAUUGGAAAGAUUAUCAACGAUUACAAGUAACCACAUACCAAAUGAUCUUAGUCUAAAGACACAAUUAACAUUUUCAACCAAUGGAGUAAGCUUUUCGUGGUGUACAGAUGCUCUCAAGUGCCCAUCUACACAACAACAAAAAGAAUUCCGUGAUGCAUGUACCUAUCAUUUAUCACCAGCAUCAUCCAUUCCUUGGGAUGUCCAAAAUGAUACAGUCAUCAACGAUCCCCUAAAAUUAAGAUGGAUGGAGUGUCGUUGGGAGGAUUGGUAUCAAAGUUACGAAUCAUUAUAUCGUAAUUUACAAUUAAAUAAUUUAAAUUAUUUCUAUUUAAUGCAUUCUGAAUGGUGUUGUAUGUUUUAUCGUGAUGCAAAUACUUCUACAUCUACAUCCACACCUACAUCUGCUGGCAUUAAAGUAGCAAUUAAUCCAUGUAAUUACAAGAUUAAAACAUUAUUGGAUGGAGAAGGAAUUAAAUACACUUUUCCAUUCCAAUCGGUUAAAGUCGCCAAAAAGGAAGAGGUUGUCAUUACGACAGAAGAGGAGAAACAAAUGAAAAAAGAGUUGAAAGAGUUGGGUAAAGCGAGGAAGUCGAUGGGUGGCGAUUCACUACGUCCACUGAGAAAGACAAUGGAUGUGUCGCUCUUUCAACAACAAACUGCGUCGAGUGCGUUGGCACUCGUCGAAGAUGCCGAGAGCGUCGACAAGAUGUACCACUUUUUUGUGCGUCGUCUUAUCUGGAUCAACCAAUAUCACCAGAAUCGUGCCAAUAUUGGAGUAGCGACCAUCUCCAAGAGUGCAUCAGCCAACAGUAACGACGUGGCAGCGUCAUCAUUGUCUCGAUCAAAUGAAAUACAGACACUGUACACUCCAAAAAAGAUUCAGUCAUCUGAUUACCAAAGACAGGCCAAAUUGAUGGAUGAUCUAGAGGAAGAUCAGGCCACCGGUGGUAGUGGAGGAGAGUACUACAACUCGAUGAUCCUGUGUCGUGAUGUCCCUGUUCUCAUUGCCAAGCAACCAUUUACAGGUGGCACAAUAAAAUGCACAAGAAUCAUCAGCAAUGCAAUGGUCACCACCAAAAAGUCAAUCUUUGAAUCGAGCAAUGGCACCAACGACAACAAAACCUAUCGUCUUGAAUUGGACGGACCCAUCCUACCAGAUAAUCUGGCGGCACUGUGUCGAGGUGGACUCCUCACACCCAUUACCCACCAACAAGGCUACACAUGUAAAAUCCAUACACAUGAUUUCACAAAUGGUUUUAAUAUUCUAUUAAACAAUAACAAUAACAAUAAUGCAUUGAACAACAACAAAAAAUCUAAAGAUCAUAAUAAUAAUAAUAAUAAUAAUAAUAAUCAACAACAACAACAACAACAACUCGACAGCAAAGACAUUAUAAAGAAUAUUAAUUUUAGAAUAGAUCCAUUAAAUGAUAAUGAAUUUAUUUAUGAAUCUAUGAAAUCACAAUAA